AUGGCAGUUAAAAUAACCAAUUGGCCAUUAUGGAACGAGUUUCUUGAUCCUCCUGCGAGCGUCUCUGAGGACACCUUCACCAGCUCCUCGAAGGCCAAGGCCGAGGUCAUUGCGCAGUAUGGAGAAGCUGCCCUCCGCCAAGGCUGGCUCAAGGUCUGCAAACAACUCGAAGUCGUAACCGAGAGACUUGCGAAGCUUGGAAGCGACGCGAUCCCGGUUCUAGGAAUCGAGGACUUUGGUCCCGGCGGUCUAUCGGAGGAAAGACGCUCGGAGGUGAAAUCUAGCGGCUGUUGUAUCGUGCGCGGCGUUCUCGAUCGCGAAGAGGCUACAUCCAUGUUCGAGAACCUCAAGGACUUUGUGGUCCGAAACCAGGGCGACAUCAUGGGAUGGCCUGCAGAGUCCCCUAUAAUGUUCAACCUCUACAAUUCACCGACGCAAGUGGCGGUCCGAACGCAUCCUAAUCAGAUACUGGUGCAAAAGUCACUAAACUCCCUGUAUCACGACGCCUCGGGCACAACCUCUUCUCAACCCCUAAGCUACACGGAUGCGACUCGGAUUAGACCUCCCAGACAACCCUUCCUGACCCUUGGACCACACAUUGAUGCCGGGAGUCUUUGCCGCUGGGCAGAUCCUCGAUACCGCGAUGUAUAUGCCAAGAUUCUAUCCGGAUAUCCUGAGCAGCAUGAUCCCUAUGACCUCGAGGUGCGCAAGGACGCCAAUCAAUUCUUGUUCGAGGCCAAGGCACACUCGGUAGUCUUUCGCGCUUUCCAAGGCUGGACGGCAUUGACGCCUACAUCGCCGUCCGUCGGUUCACUGUUGCUCUACCCCGAAGUCUCUGCCGUCAUCGCCUAUGUCAUGUUGCGGCCAUUCUUCAAGCCCCCGGCCAAGGAGGAAGAUGUGAUGAAAGCAGAGGAGUGGACUUUUGAUCCAGACUCGAGCUGGUUUCCUGGGACGAUCAAGGAGCAAAGCCAGCGGCUGAGUCCCAGCUCUCACCCGCACCUGCGCUUGAAAGACUGCCUCACGUUCAUUCCCGAGAUGCAGCCUGGAGACACAGUGUGGUGGCACACAGAUAUGUGCCAUGCCGUGGAUCCUGACCACUUUGGUGACGGCGACGCAAGUGUUGUUUAUGUUGCAGCCUGCCCGACGACACCCACUAAUCAAGAUUAUGUAAAAAAGCAACUGGAGGCUGCUUUGGCUGGCCGUUGCCCUCCAGACUGUUUGAAUGUCACAACGGAUGAGACCAAGUUGAAAGGUUACAAGGGUUUUGAUGAUGUAUCAGAGGAAGGAAAAGCGGUCCUGGGAUUUAAUCUCAUACAAUAA